ACAGGGGUCUCCAACAGGUACAGUAGCCGUAUGCUAGCAGUAGCUCACCAGCUGAUGUUGAGUAGUUCACCAAAGAAUACUUGCAUCACCUCUUAGUAGUUUUAUAAGUCUUGUAUUGAAACAUGGCGCCUAUAUUGUAUUUAAUGGCAAAUGGGCACACUUGCCCAUUCACUUUGUAAAUAAGUACAAUUUACUGUAAAUGUUAGCAGUCACGUAAAACACAACUAGCUCUGCUCUCCUUUCUUCCUUUCUUCAAAGUAGACUUAAUAAUGCUGCACGUUGGAUACACGUUUGCUAUCAUAACCCUGGACUCUCAAUUUAUACUCUUUAUACAGGACAGAUUUCUAUAGCAAAAAUAUCUAAAUUGUUAUUUCCAUCCAUCCAUUUUCUAUACCGCUUCUCCUCUUGAGGGUCGUGGGAGCAUGCUGGAGCCUAUCCCAGUUGUUGAUUAUGUCAGGGUGUACCCCGCCUGUCGCCCGAAGUAAGCUGGGAUAGGCCCCAGCCUGCCCCUGCGACCCUAAUGAGGAGAAGCGGUAUAGAAAAUGGAUGGAUGGAUGUUAUUUUGAACUAAAAAUAUAUAUUAUUAAAUGAUUAAUUUCCCAUGUACUGGUAUUUGUAUUACUCUAAAACAGGCAUCAAAUUAAAUUUAGGUUUGUGUCAAAUAGUAGAAAAUGUUGUACUUUCACAUAGUACUACUGGACUAAAUAGGUCAGGUAACAAAGGGAGGCACGGCAUUUUAGACUCUCACUUUAAGUGCUCUCAGCAGCUUUGCCAGUUUUGCAAUGUUCUUGGUUCAUGUUCUGCUGGUUGUUGAACAAAGUUCAAUGAAUAAGUUAGGAAAUAAAUAAGCCAUAAAUUGUUAUUUAUCAUGAUAAAAAUGAAAUUGCAGAUGCAGCAGUCAUAUGCAGCCCACCACCACAGCUUCAAAAAAUCCUAGUGGUAACCCUGAAAUUGUACCAAAACAAUGUCUAUUUUGGUGUAAAUUGACGUUUGGCCCAAAUAAGGGCUAGUAAGGAUAGGUCACUCACAGCUGGGCUGUUUCCACAGCAUGUCCACACACACACAAAAGCCGUUUCUAAGACCAUUUUCAGUCAUGUUGUUGUUAUGAUUGCCUAUACAUGUAGACGAGACAUACAAGAGGGCAGGAUAUAAUGCUUGCUGUAGGUUCCAAUGUUGGCGCCCUCUAGGCAGUUGGGGAACUCACUGCAUAUACGUAACACCGUCCUUUUAAGAGAAUUUGAAACAUGGAAGUAACGUCUCAAGCCCAUACAAACAUUGCCCUGUGUUAUUCCACCAGUCUCCAAAACGCUGUUGUCAAAUUCAUGAGUGACUGAAGCCAGGAGCAACCAGUUUUUCUCCAUUUUUAAUUAGAAAUAGUCCUCUAUAAAUGUAGGCUCAGUCUCCUAUCUGGCAAUGAAUACGGUAAUUAUUGACUGGUAAAUAUGUACAUUUUUUGUGUCAACAAAAGCAAGUCAAACUGGGAUAAUUUAAUCAUAAAAAACAUUGAUGCCAAAACACGAUUGGUGUUCAAUUGAUGCCAAAACACCACAUAUUUCAGACAACAAUCUGUUUUUUCAACACACCGGGUUUAUUCACAGAGGCUGUCUCCCCAUUUCUGCAUAAGCCCCCUGAGAGAGAGGCCAUGCAUGCAGUUUAAUUUCAAUGCUCAUAAAUGAAAUCAUGUACAAUGGCAGCCAAAGGCAGCUAGUUGUAGUACAUCUGUUGCUAUCUUAAUCCCCUCUCAUGUAUGACAUCACUGGGAACGGCCAGAGGAUAUAGCAGCCGAGUUGGGUUUUAUCUGUUUUUUUUCCCAUUUAGCUUGUCAGCCUGCACCUGUUUUUUCUACUCUUUAGGUGGACAAGACAGACCAGCUAGUGUAUCAGUAGUCUUAACCUUUCUGUGACAGCGUGGAGUAUCUGCUAAUCCUCUGCGCUACGACAGGAAGUAGGUCAUGUGAAGCAGUCAGCCACACAACACAUCAUCUCUGCCGCCGCACAACAAGCUUUCUUCGUCAUGCACCAUGUACGCACAGCUAUUUUACAAUGUGGCGACAUAUUACUUGUAGAAAGGACUGCAUAAAGGAGCCCCAGCUGGGCCGGCCUCCCCAUGCUGACCCUCCACCUCAGAAUGCUGUCCUUUAGUGACGAGGCAGGCUCAGCCCCCGUGUGUGUAAUCCUCUGAUCUGUUGAGAUGACACUGUAAGAUUCUGUUGUUGUCAUGCUGAUACCACGCACACAUGCUCCCCUGAUCCUGGGACAGCUUGGAAACGAUCACAUCUUGUUGCAGAGUGCUCGUAAGGAAGUAGAAUUUGAAGUUGUUUUUACUUGAGAACGCUGCUGGGCUUGAUGUGCUGAGGAGGAUUCAUCACUGGCUCAUUGUGGCCCCCUUCAGGACCUUAUGUACAACCAGACCGCCCAGAGUUGGAGAAAUUUCUGGAACAGAUUAUAACUUUGUCUCCAUCGAGGAGUUUUUCUCCCUGGAGGAGUCAGGAGCACUGCUUGAGAGUGGCAAGUUUAAAGGUACACGCCGGCAACCUCUCUUUAAUUAAUCCUUGUUGGACACAGCAUGUUUUCACAACAAUGGAAUAGGUACGGUAAUCUUAUGUACAGUUGCACACAGAUGAUUCAACACUCAUUGUGAUUCUUUCUAAGUUGCAACAAAACAAACAUUGUUUAAUGCUUUUUAAAACUGAUGUAAUUAUUGCUGAUAUUGUCAUUAUUAGUACUUUUUUAGUAUUGUGCUACGUCUUCUCAAUUGAUUUGUGUACAUUUCUAAGUGUUGUAAAGCUGGGAUUGGGUUGGAGUUGGGGUUCUUUCAUUUCCUUUGUUAAAUAAGCAAUAAUAAUAAUAAUUAUUAUUAUUAUUAUUAUUAUUAAUUAUAGACAGGUUCUUAUCUCUGUUGGAACGUCUGCUGGAACAUCUCUGUGUGGAGUUUGCAUGUUCUCCACAUGCAUGCAUGGGUUUUCUCCAGGUACUCCGACUUCCUCACACAUUCCAAAAAUAUGUAUGAUAGGUUAAUUGGAAACUCUAAAUUGUCCAUAGGUGUGAAUGUGAGUGUAUAUGGUUGUUUGUCUAUUUGUGCUCUGGCCCUUGGCUGGUGACCAGUCAGCGACCAGUCCAGGGUGUACCCCGCCUGUCGUGCAAAGUCAAGGUCCAGCUUUACCGUACCCGUGACCCUAGAGAGGACAAGUGGUAUAAAAAAUGAAUGAAUGAAUAGGAAAAGCUUGUAAUUUGCAGUGGGGGUUGAAUCAUUUUCUGUGCAACCACUCAUUUUACAGCAACAUGACAUUGCCUUGUCAGAAUGUAGCAUUUUCUUUACUUUUUUUCCAUUUUUAUAUCAUUUUUAAAUAGAAAUAAUUAAAUAAAAUAGUAUACAUUUAUAAAAUGGCAUUAUUAUUAUUAUGAUUAUAUAAAUGUUAUGUUAAAUUUUCAAUUAUGGUAUAAAGGAGUAUUAUUUUCAGGUCCUAUAAUACCCUCCUACGACCUGGCGUCCACAUGUGUGGACAUCACAUUUUUGGUUGUCAACACUACAGUGUUAAAUUUUGGACAACAAGGGCCUGGCAUCCACUUCUGAGGACGUUAAACUGCCACCUAGUGGUGUAAGAAGAGUGUAACAAAGUACAUGUAAAAUUCAAGAUGGCUGACAACCCACCCAAACAUUCAGAUGGCUCCUCCCAAUCAAAAAGUCGACCAGGUAAAAAAUUCAAACAAAUUUCAUGGCUGAUUCUUGCUCAGAUAUGUUUAGAAGUGUUCAAUGUGUGUUGUGGAAGUUGAAUUUUGCAAAAGUAAGAAAAUUUGACGAUUUACCAUGCUGCUAAAGUUGAUGUACACAUAUGUGGACAGAGGGACUUAGUUUUGUUGAUUUUGUUGAACAUGUCCACAAAUGUGGACAGAGGGAGUUGGUUUAGAAUUUGUAUUUUGGGAUGAUUUUGUUAGAAAACAUCAUUUUAUACAGUACAAACAAAUAUGGCGUGUUUUAUAAAUAAAAUCUAUGUAGAUUUGUUUUUGGUUUGAAACAAAAAAUUUUUUUUCCAAGAGCAUUAUUCUCUGCAACAAGUAAUGGAAAUGCUGGGGUUAAUUGGUGGAGACAACUCCGAGGUGGAGGAUUUAUCAGUCAUCAGUGAUCCUGUGGGAGAUGCUGAAUAUCAACCUCCUCCCACCAGCAGUGAGGAAGACAGUAGUGGGUGUGAGGACCACAGCCCUGUCAGCCUAUCAGGGGACGCAAACGUUUGCGCGAGGAAUACGAGGGAUAUCGGUCAGAUCGUGACAUUGCCACAUCACGCACCCCCAGGCGUCACUCUCAGACACCGCAGAAAGAGGCUGAUGUCUCAGGCAAUGUCUCUGAAGAUACAACACCAGGACUCAGCCAUGAAGAACAGUCCAACAAAGGGUACCAAGUGGUUUGACAAUAAACCAGUGUUGAUGUCUACUGUACAUGCUCAAGAGCCAGAAGACAUGUGCCAGAGAUGGGACAAGAAACUGAAACGGUAUGUGACCAUCUCUCCACCAUGUGUUAUCCGUGAAUACAACUCCAAGAUAGGUGGAGUUGACCUUGUGGAUAGAAUGAUGAGCUACUAUCGAAUGAGUGUCCGGACAAAAAAAUGGACACUGAGGAUGCUGAUGCACUUUACCGAUCUGGCUUUAGCCAACAGCUGGUUACUGUACCGCAAAGACCUCACUCUGAAUGGCACACCAAAGAAGAACAUCAUGCAGUUCCUUCAAUUCCGCAUGGAAGUGGCCAUGACCUUCUUGGCUCAGAGAGACAAUGACAACUCUGACUUUUCAGAGCAGGAAGAUGACACAGAAGUUUCAGUCCAAGGGAAACAGCGUCCAUUGCAGGCAGUGCCCCACAUCUCAUUCCGCAGGAAGGCUAAUGCACAUCUGCCAGAAGUGGUACACUCAAAGAACGCAUCACGAUGCAGAGCAAAAGGAUGCUCAGGGAAAACUCGAGUGCAGUGUGUUAUGUGCAAGGUGUUCCUCUGCUUACAGGCAGAUCGCAACUGUUACGCUGCCUUUCAUACACAGGCAUGAACAUUUACCCAAGGGGAAAAAAUGUUGGAGCACUUUUGGUGUGCAAGUUUCACGUUUUGAAAUAAACAGUUCAACAGUAGCAAUGAAAAAUAUUUUUGAAGGUUUACUUAUUUUAUAUCUGUCCUCCUGCAACUGUUAGCAGCACUUCAUAUGACUUGCGUAAAGGGGCACAAGUUGUUGCUUUGAAUUUUGUUUUUACACUCGGAAAAAAUGAUGCUGUGUUCAGGCAACAAAUAAAGUUUUGCACAUCAUUACUCAAUUGUGAUGUUAUUGUGUUCACUCAAAUUUAAAACGAAUGUCCUCAUAUGCGGACAUCAUUUUUCUCAGAAACUACAUCAUGUAAAAAGAUAAUUCUUUGUUUUUACACUCAUCAGGUCCCAAUUAGCCUAAAUAUCAAAGAGAAAAUAAAAAUGCAUGCCUUGCAAGAGUUCGGGUCUUAGGAGGAUACUAUAAAAAUUACUAAUUUCCCAAAACACGUAUGGUUAAAAUGCAAAUGAAAGCAUGCAUGCCUUUUUUUGUGACUAAAAUCUAGUGAAUUCUCUUGCUUGACAAACUGUGCUGCUUUUUUGUAGCAUCGGUUACAUACUGGCAGGUUACAGAAAUAUCAUUCAGUUGGUUUGUGAUACAAAUGCACAUAGAAAUGUACGUUCAGUCGUCUCUCGUUUAUCACGGUUAAUUGGUUCCAAACUGGACUGCAAGAAGUGAAUUUCCACGAAGUAGGAUUCACUAUUAAUAAAUGGAAUAUUUUUGUAGUUUUGGCAUAGAAAACCUGUUUACGAUCUUCUAAAUGCGUUUUUUAACAUUAUUAGAGCCCUCAGGACAUGAAAUAACACCCAUAGAGUCACCUUUACAUUUGUAUUACCCAAAGAAGUAGAUAUAGUCAGAGAGUUUAUCUCUGCUCACAGAAAGCGAAUAAAUGCUACAUUAUUCAUGUUUUUUUUCUGUUACGACAGAGACGAUCCUAUACAUUACACGUAAGGGAGACAUUCAGCUCCCAAUACACAGGUCCCACCUCUAGUGUGUGUCAGAAUGCUGUGUCUGAUUAAAACGGCUGCAUGCAUUAGCAUCCAUAAUUUAUGAGAGUUUAAUGGGAGCAAUUUACUGUGUCCUCCUUACCUGCCUCACAUGUGACAUUGACAGAUACAUUGCUUCAGCAAUGUAAGAUGUGUCCGCCUUAUGUAGCCUUGUGCAUUACAAGGAGUUUUUCUUUCUUGAGCUGAAGCAGAUUCAUAUUUACAUUCACACUACAUGCUUUGCGAGUGAAUAUCUGAAUAUUCAGUUUGUUUACUGGAAUUGGAAAACAUAUGAGCAUUGAUUAUUUGUUUUCAAUGCACGCAGAUCACAUCUUGCCUUUCUCUGACUCAGGGAAUUACUACGGCACGCCUCGACCCAUUCACAUCAGCCCGGAGAGCCCCCCCAUUACAUACCAGGAACACCGCAACCUGCUCAGGAACUUCCGCACGCGCAGCAAGUCGCUCAACAACCUGGAGAAGGCUGCGGUGGAAGUGGAGAAUGGCGAGGACGAGCUGGGCCUCUCAGGGGGACAUCGCUCACCCAGUCGGCGGCGGGCAUCGAGCGUCCUCGAAAAUGGGAUCAUCUGCAAUAUGGGUGGAGCCAGAGGGAGAGAGGUGCCGCCGGAUCACUGGGAGCAGGCGUUCAGCGAUCCAGGAGAGUGUCACUACAAGGACCACAAGAGGACCAGCUGGCAGAGUCCUCGGGCUCCAAGCAGGGAGUCAAUCUACAAAAACGAAUGGUUCACAGAGCACCCAGAGGAUCUUCGGGGUUUUCUUGUGCGCACACAUUUGAUCAAGGGCCCCAGAGGUUUUGGCUUCAAUAUCGUUGGAGGCAGCAAGCCAAGAGAGUUCCUGCAGGUCUACAGCGUGACUUCAAGUGGACCCUCAGCACUCAAGACAGCGGACAUCCUGGUGUAUAUCAAUGACAUUUGUGUGUUGGGAGUGUCCCACAAGGAGGUAGUGGAGAUGCUCAAGUCAAUACCAGUGGGCCACAGUGUACAUAUAGCAGUCAGAAGAGGAUACCCCAUGUUAUACAACCAUGACGGGUGUCUCAAGCAGCCCCCACAGAACAUACUGGACAAUGAGGACCCCAUCUUGUUACCUACCACCUUCCAGCCUCAGUCUCUUCACCAAAUACCUCGCCACCCAACACCAACUCCCCAGACCCAUCACUUUAACGGAUUCCAUGGUGAUUACAUGGAGCCUGGCAUGAUCCUUGACGCUAAUGGAAAUGCCACUUCAUUAGCUAGCAGACAGUCCUCAUUCAGACGCUCCAGUUUGAGUAAUGCUGCCUCUCCGCCCCUUACACGCCCACCUCGUUCCCUGAGAAGCUUGGCCCGACUGCAGUCGUUUGACCCAACACUGGCAAGCCAGAGUGACAGUGAAGUGGUCUCUGCAAUUGGUUCACACAGGGCAUCGGUGAUCCGUAAUCACAACAAUAACUCCCUGUCAACACCGCCCCAUCAUUUACGUUACGGUACAUCCAAGUCAUCCGAGAGUGACUUAUCUACCUGCACCCUGCCUGUGUCCCGCCUGCCCAUGCCUCAGUCACCCAAGAGGCCCUCAUCAUCCCCAGGUGGUCCCCGCAGUGCUCACGCCCACCUCUUCAGGCCGCAGUCCUCCCACCUCAGACCUCCACCAACACCUGACAGCCCCCGCCACCGCAGCUUUAAUGGUUUCCAUAGCAACACCAGCCCUACUGCAAGUCCCAGCAAGAUGUCCUCUCCUGGUGCAAUGAGUGUGGGUAGUGGACUUGGAGGAUUCAGCGGAGGGGAGUUGGUGCCGGUGGCUUUGGCCCAGAGUGAAAGAGACAGGGGCCUGGGCUUCAGCAUGAUGGCUGGUGGUCCAGGAGGCUGGAUGACCAUUGUGAGGAGAAUCUGGGACAGGAAGCAGUGCAAUACUUUACAGCCAGGGGAUGCUAUUGUCAAAAUCAAUGGAGCUGAUGUUCAGAGCCUUAGUCUUGCUCAGGUACAAACAGUUCUUCAGGAGCAUACCAAACAGGGAGAAGUCAUCCUAUUGGUAUACAGGGGAGGCAUCUAUCAUUCAACUAUUUCCCCAGGCUCCAUUCGGAGACUUUGCCCUCCUCUGCUCCACCCUCCUCCUCCACCUGGUGGCUUGGACAGCCACGUCAUCCACAGUGAUGCCUUACCUAUGCCCCGUACUUCAUUCAGUACUCCUCCAUCCUCGGCCCAGACGUGUUCCUCGCUGAUCCAGAGCACCAGUUUCUUGGAGUCAAUUCCGGUCACUCUGACCAUGGAGCCCAAAGACUGGAUCAAAACAGGUUUGGAGGAUGAUGCCGGUAGAGUCACAGAACACGAUUCAGGUCUGGAAAUGCGAGAAGAUGAGAGAGUCCGACCACUGAGAGGGUUUGAUGUGGAGUUGAGGAGAAAGCCAGGGGAGGGUUUUGGAUUCGUCAUCGCCUCUCAAGAUCUGGAGAACACGAAAGCUGCAUCCCUUCUCCCCCACCGCUUUGUGACGGUGCGCAGAGGCAGCCCGGCAUCUAAGAGCGGUCAGAUUCGGCCCGGAGAUCGAUUGGAGGCCGUUGAAGGACGCUCAGUGGUGACACUUCCUCAUCGCGAGCUUGCCCAGAUUCUACGGCGUGCAGGAAACACUCUACGCCUCACCAUUGUCCCCCGGCCCAGCACCUACUCACCAGGCCUUUCGGAGCCCACAGAGUAUGACCUUGGUCACAGAAGCAAAAAGGGUCAGAGGUCACGGCCAAAACGCGACUCCAGGUAUUACAGCAUCGACUUGGAUCGGGGCCCCUCUGGCUUUGGGUUCAGCCUCAGAGGGGGAAGUGAAUACAACAUGGGCCUCUACGUCCUGGGACUAAUGGAGGGAGGGCCGGCCUCACGCAGCCAAAAGAUGCAGGUGAGUGACCAGCUUGUGGAGAUCAAUGGUGACAGCACAGCGGGGAUGACACACAGUCAGGCAGUGGAGCAGAUCCGCAGAGGAGGCCACCGCAUUCAUCUGGUCCUCAAGAGAGGAAAUGGAUAUGUGCCUGACUAUGGCCAUAAGCACAGAAUCACCUCCCCCUCCCACCUGCGUCACCCCCGGGAGCAGGGUAUGGCUGCAGUAGACUCUACCAGGCAGAGGGGGCACCGCUCCAAGCAGAAGAGGAGAAGCAAGUCUUUGGACGCACGUGAGAAACGAACAGGAAGGAGGAAAAGGCGUUCAGGAGGUCGCUCAGGAUUACGUAGCCCCAACUUGGAGAUUGUGGAUGACGAGGGAGGCCAGCGGGAGAGCUCACAGAAAGCGAGGAGGAGGAAAAGAGAAUCUCGGAGUCUGCCAAAAGACGCCCUGUCGUUUUCUGAUAGUGAUGAUAAGAACGUGACAGCAAGCAGGAGAAAAGGUGAGAGAGGGAGGAGCAGAGAGUGGAGAGGUAGGAGUGAGGAGCACCUGAGGAGUGAGGAAGGGAAGGAGUCUGUGCAAGAGGAGAAGCAGGAAGUAGCUCCUGUUGAGGAGAGGGUAGCAGAAAAGGCCAAAGAGGUAAAGGAGGAAGCAAAUCUAGAGAGAGGAGACAGCUCGGAGGAUGUUGUGCUGCCAAUUCCAAGUCGUGCAAAAAAUCUUCCUCGGCCCAAAGAGGAGAGUGAGGAGGAAAACGAUGAGAACUGGGAAGUGGCAGCAGGCUACCAUGAGAUGAAGCAGCUGCAGGGCUUACUAGACGAUGAUGAGGGUGAAGAUCGGCGUCUGGGAGUUGAGGAAGAUCACAGAGAAGAUGAUGCACACAACAGACCUUUGUCAAGUGAUGCUGUGAUGUAUUCACAGAGGAAACCAUUCUCCUUCCUCACUUCCUCACUUUCUUUAGAUCAGCUGAGGGAUGAUGAGUCAGAGUCUGGAGGCAGCGAAUCAGAUGGCAGCAUGUCUGCGGCCAGCAUCUCUGGCCUCUCUGUGGUCGCUGCAGAAGCAGGCAGGCGCAGGGCCAUCGUGCUGCCAGGUCCUUGGCUCACACCCAGCCACCAGUAGGUGGCUCGGGACAAAGUUGAGAACAGGCUCUCUUGAAGGCGGACAGGGCAGGGCGGGGGGAGAAGUGCUGCCUCUUGACUGAAGCAGGCAGGAUGUUGAGCAGCAGCAGCAGGAUAGUACUGGAUCCCAUUUUUCAUUCGCUUGGAGAUCAACUUGAUUUCUGCAACAGUCACCUUUAUUUUAUACAGAAGUAAAUUGUAUAUGUUAUUGAUACCAAUGCAAUUAUCGACUAUGCUCGUCAGUCCGGUUGUGUAUCUGUGGAAUAAUUGUGAGCGAGUUUGGCUAUUUUGUAGCAACAGUCGAUAAUGAUCUAAAUAUGACUAUAUACGAGCAAGAUACGUUUUUAUUUUUUAUAUCAUGGGAUGAGACUACACAGGAUUUGCAUUGGCGUGUAGCAUUAAUGUUAGUUCAUAUGAAUCAUUAUUAUAUAUGACAGACACGCUUCUCAGUUGUGAGACAGCAUACUUAAAGCCCUAUUUCAUUUGAAAUCAUAGUUUUACAGAAUGUACGCUAUUUAUCAUCCCUCUUUGUCAAACGAGGCCUCUGUUAAAUUCAAUCUGUAAAAUGAAAUUAUGCAGUUCUUUACUGAAACCACUUGUCAAUGCCUAUCCCCGAGUUAAAAGUUAUAUUCUUUGUGCCUUUUUACAGCUGGUUUGUCGCCAGUGUUACAAGUUGUAAAUGUCCUUUUCUGUUCUUUCUGUGUCACUGUUGCUCUCGUUAUGUUGCACUCCUGUCUUAACUUAAUUUUUCCAGGGUAACAAAUGUACAGUACAGCGGAUUAGAUUUACGUAUUAACUGUAUUGACCCCAAGACAAUUUCAGUUUUUCAAGAUACAUUUUUUGAAAAAUAUUUGUACGGCAAAAUCAAACAAAAUAAUUUAAAAACAAUUGUUUUCAGUAUUUAUAGUUUAACUGAUCCUCAUUAUCUUAAAAUUGGCAUAAUAACUCCCCUGUUGUUGUUGAGUGACAGGAAGAAAAGCUCUGACUCGCUUGGGGAGAAGUCGUUUGGCGCCACCAAAUGUAUACAAAACAAUGGCUGCCCUAGAAGUAAAAAGAAACAAACGUGAUGAAUUCACCAAAGGAUUAAAGUAAAACCCACACAUGAAUCAAAUUAAGAAAUCUGUGGGGUGGUUUGAAGGGGGCUGUGAACAGAAAAUACCCUCACAAUGUGACAAAUUAAAGUGGAGGUGUGCCCUAGACCUACUGUAUCUGUGUCUAUGGUAACAGGUGCAUCAACUAAGUGUUUGUAGAUGCACACCAUUCUGCCAAUAUGUUAUUUUCAUUUUUGCAGUUUGGGAUUUCAGUUCAUUUUUUAGCAGUUUCAUCUUGACCACAUCACAAAAACCUUUUUUUGUUAUGUGUAAAAAUGUGCGUUAUGUGUUAUGUAUCUCACACACCUUCAUGUAGUCUGCUCCCCAUCUGUCUCACCGCUGUACUUUCCCAAGUAUCUCCCACUAGGCCUACUGUACAAAGCCUGCAUAAAUGUUCACGUAUACCUCAUGAAGAUGCCGAGCAAUAAUAAUGUAACUGUCAGCCAUCUGUUUCCCUGUCGGCCUGGUCUGUGGUGUGCAGACACUUGACUUAUAGGUGUAUAUUUCUGAUCACGCAAAUCCCCUUUUACUGCAGCUAUGAUAAUUUACAGCCAUGUAUAUUCUGUAAAUAUUUGUAAAGAAGUUUAUAUGUACAUAUGCUACAUGUAAUUCGCGCGACAGCUAUCCACUCAUAUAUUUGUUGUGUGAUAAAUAUAUAUAUAUAUACAGUAUAUAUAUAGCUUGUGUGAAGGACCUACAUUUAAACAUUUAAAGUACAUUUGAUGAUACCAGCCCUAUUUGUUAAUGAAUGUUUUUAAUGUGCUGCCUGGGUGUGAAUUGGGAUGCUCACUUUGUACCAGAAGUCAGUGAGAAAUGCCAAAAGUAAGCUGUCGGUGUGCACAUUUCAACCACUAUCUGGAGUCUUGACAGUGCUGUGCCCAUUGUGCCACGUACAGUUGCCUUGGUAAUAUCAACUCCUUUAUCCUGACCUGAUCUGUCUAACUGUGAAACCCGUACUGUAAUUUCAGUAAUUUCGGUCAGGCUCAAUCACUGACAAAUCAUUCACAAGCCUAAUUGUUGCGUCUGAGAUGGAUUUAUUUGUUUUGCAAUUGUGUUAUGGCAAUACAAAAACUGGGGUGAAGAGAUACUGUGAGAUGUUAUUUUUCUAUGAAAUUAUCUUUUUCGAAUUACUCAGGUUUUCAGAUACUUUAGAUAGAUAAGCCAUUUGGGAGGGAAAGUGACACAUUUUCAUGACGUAGAUUCUUACAUUAUUUGUGAUGAGGCAACAUCUGGAGACAAUGACUGUUAUUUUAUUCAAAAAAAUCCCAUUAAUACAUUCCUGGAUUACUACCCCACAUGGUUAAACCCUAAAAAGUGUGUUGCAUGUGCUGCCUGGAGUGAGAGCACACUGCCAAUGUGUCACUUCACUUUUAUAACCAAUGUUCUUUUUUUGGACUUUCAUUUCCCAAAGGAGAUUAUAUGUCUGAAAUGUCAACACAUUCUAAUAAAAGUGCAAAUAAGCUGCUGAA